AUGGAAGCAGAAGCCAAGGUGUAUUAUUCCUGUGGUGCAGUGGUGGAAUCGAUGGAAAGAGGCCUGAUUUUAUCACCAGGUUUUCCAAACAACUACUACCCAGGGACACACUGCGUGUGGCAAUUUUUCAUUCCCAUGAGAACCCAUCUUAUCUUGGAAAUUUUUGACUUUGACAUUUUUGAGAGCUCUAAUGAAACUCCAACUCCCUGGGAUGGCUUUUCAACCCCCGCUAAAACAGGAAAUAAGGACGUGCCUUCUCUUGAGGAAAACCUAGACUUUGCUCUCCGUACUACAAAACCCUCUCUCCAGACCUGGAUGUCAAAGGUGGCUCAGAAUCUGAGCAGCACAGGAGAUCAGUCAAAGGACUUUGCUAGUCACCUGGAUGAACUUCCAGGAACCACCUCAAAAAAAGAUGAAGCCAAACAAGCAUCUGAAGAAAACCAGUUGAAGCAGGUGAAGGAACCCAAAGCGAUUACCAAGGCUCAAGCAGAAGAACUGCCAUUCCCUGUGGCUGGUAGUGCCACAAUGCAGAGGCAGAAUACCAGUGACCUGGAAACAGAAGAAGAUUUGGAAGGGAAAAUCUUGUUUGCCCACCUAGCUGCUAGCGAGGGAGAUGAAGUUACGGUAGAGAGCUGGACUCUUCCGACAACAGUAUUGCCCAUGGAAAUCUCCUCCAGCCCACAGUCAGCAGUGGAUGUCUGUCCCCACGAUGUACUAUACGUUUCCGAUCUCAUCACAUUUUCCUCUCGCUUCUGUGGACCAAAUUCACCUUUAAACAAGACCAUGGUCUUUGGUUCAUCUCUGGAAAUGGUUGAGGUUAUCAUGGAACUGAUCACCACCACGGACCGGGGCCGAGGCUUUGCAAUGCUCUUUGAAUACAAGAACAUCACCGACCCUAACACAGUAGAUGCUGUGAGACAGGCAAGAAAGGAAAACGUGAUGAUGCUGGCAAUUAUAACAGGGAUCGUCGUCUUUGCACUUGCUUUGCUCUCUGCCCUCUGCAUGGCUUGCAGGCAGAGAACGUGCCCCAAAAGGAGCUCAUCCAACGCAUGCAGUGACCAGGAGAACGGGAUCCAGAACUCCACCGUCGAUAUCAAUGAGCUCCAGCUGGUGGUGCCAAGUCGGGAGAAUGAAAACAACAACCACUCUGUCAGCCGGGAGCAGGCGGGACAGUUCCCCAUCUCCUCCUUUGCCAAAGUCAUCGAGGAGGUUGCGGCCAGAGCUCUCCUGUCCUGGACCGGACGGACAGGCCUUGGGGACACGUGGACGCACACACCCCGGUGGCAGUCCCUGGAGCUCACUUCCUGCAGAGGCAGCACAGAACGGUCUCCUCAGGACACCGACCCAGAUGUGCCCUCCUCCACAUCCGCGGUGACCACCGAGACUGGGAGCGAUGAAGUGUUUAUUAUUUCUGCUGGACCCGGGGCCAGCGGGUUGAGCUUUACCACCUACAGAAUACAGGACAAAAACCUAAAAAGAAGUGUCACAAGCCCAGCCUCCGUGUCCGACUGGCUGACUACGAACCACACGGCUGCAGGAGCAGACGCUGUGGAGAAGGGGCACGUCCAGCCGGAAAAUCACUGUCCCAGACAACGCACGUGGAGCGCCCGCACUUUCCACGACUUCCUGGCUCCCAUACCACAGCUACAGAAAAAAUGGCGUAGCUGGACCACCACCAGUCCCUUCACAAAGCUGGUUGACAGCGGCGGUUUUCCUACAGCUGCAAGAUCCCAAGGUGUCCCAACCCGAAAGGUGAUCUCGGCCACUGAGAUAGAGGGAGCAUCAGAGACCGUUUACUCCGAUUCAUCUGCCAGUAAUGCCUCAUACCCCCUCACUCUGUCUGCACAAAGGCAGCGAAAGCUAAGCUCCUGCAAUUUGAAGAAAUCCAGGUUUGGGAACCCUUAUUUUGGAUUUUUAGCCAGUUCCCCUGACAGCAAACAUGUGAGGUCCUUGGAUCCCUCAAGACAUCUAGGGGCAGCAUCUCCAGCUAACAACCAAAGCCCCAAAAAUCUUCUAGAGAGCUCCAACCCACUGAAAAUCAACUUGGUCAAUGGUUCAAAAACAAAGGAGCUCAUGGUAGAAACAGAUAAAAACAAACCAGUUUUUGUUAUUUCAGAAGAAGGGGAUGAUCAGCAGCCUCUGGUCCUCGCAGAACAUCUUAGUCAAUGUGGGGAUCAUCUGUCAGAGCAACACGCUGCGUAUGCUCCAGCUGUGCCAGACAAACAGCCGGCGGUUCUGACUGUCGAGGGGAGCAGUUCUGCCAGCUUUGCGUCAAACCUUCCCCUUUGGGCAAAAUCCCCUGGUUUAUACAGAGGUCACGUGAAGGCCCCUAGCUCUUCCAGGGACCAGCUGAGCUCGUCAGCUGUAGAUGCUAAUACUACUGAGACCUCACAGAACUGUGAUAGCCUAGCUGCUCCAACGCUAUGCCAAGCUUCGGUCCAGUGA